UUAUUUUUUCUUGGGCAGUGAACGCGCCCGCCACCCCGCCAUUGCCCACACGACGCACAGAAUCGCCAUAUUUUCUCCAUUUUCUCCCUUAAAUACCGCGAGUCAUGGCCGGCCGGGGAUGUAUGUUAGGCUCCCCGUCAGACAGCACCAACAGCCCCUCCAUCACCCAGGACACCAGCGGCAGCAGUCUGGAGGGCGCGUAUGUGGCUGGGCUGCCCCUUCUGGACCACCUGCGCGCCUGGCUGGUCUCCGUGCACCAGGAUCUGUCCCGCACCCUCAAGCCCAGGCAGCGGAACACCCUUAUCGCGCAGCUGGAGAGGGCAAGGGUUGAGCUUGUGUACGAGGCACCCCCUAUCGGCCAGUAUCGUCAGCGCCAGCACAUGGUAGUCGGAGUCUCACGCUUGGGCGCUGAUAGACAGGCGGUUCUGUUCCCUGGCGAGGAGGCAUCCAGGCGAGGGCUUCUAACCAUCGCUGAGUACUUCCGAGAGGUACACGGCCUCACCUUGAAGUACCCCAGCCUGAACUGUGUCGAACUGCACCCUAGUGUGUUUGUGCCUGUGGAGCUUGUGAGGAUCAUAUCUAUCCCCAACAUGCGGGGUGCCAACCUCUACUGGUCCUCCCCCGACUCCACUCCUUCCCCUGUCCAUGGUGGUGGUGGUGGUGGAGGGGUGGAGACAUCACCAGUGGAGUAUAGAUGUGGAGGGGGUGGUUGUUUCUCUCCAAGUGCUUGUGUCUAUAACUUGUAUGUUGUUACUACUACUACUACUACUACUACUACUACUACUACUACUACUACCAAUGCCUAUAAGUUGCCUAUGAUUGGUACUACUGUCUCUCCUACUAACCCUUCUACUGGUGUCCAUAACUUGUGUACCAUUGCUAAUACUGUCUCUCCUACUAACCCUUCUACUGGUGUCCAUAACUUGUGUACCAUUGCUAAUACUGUCUCUCCUACUAACCCUUCUACUGGUGUCCAUAACUUGUGUACCAUUGCUAAUACUGUCUCUCCUACUAACCCUUCUACUGGUGUCCAUAACUUGUGUACCAUUGCUAAUACUGUCUCUCCUACUAACCCUUCUACUGGUGUCCAUAGCCUGUCCCCUCUUACUAACAUCCAUAGAACUUCUACUAACAUCUCUCCUCUCUCCUCCUCCUCUUCUUCAUUCUUCUCUCCUUCCUCCUUGUCCUCCUUCUCCUCCUCUUCCUCUUCCUCCUCCUUCUCCCUCACUGCUGCCCCCUAUCUUCCCCCUCCCCCCACACCCCACCCCUUGAAGCAUGGAUUCUUUGGCUUGGAGCUGAUAAUGAAGGUGGAAGAAGAGGAGAAGAAGGAGGAGGUGGAAGAAAAAGAAGCGGAGGAGGAAGAGAAGGAGGUGAAAGAAGAUGAAGAGGAGGAGGAGGAGGAAGGAAGAAGAUUAGAAGAAAGGAAAAUGGAAGAGGUGGAAGACAUUGAAGAGGCAAGCAGGAAGGAGAGAGGAAGAAUGAGAGAUAAAGGAAGAGAGGAGGAGGAGGAGGAGGAGGAGGAAAGAGAAGAAGAGGAGGAAACAAGGAAGACAGGAGAGAGAGAACAGGUGGACAAAGAGGGAAGAGACAGAGAGGAAGAAAGAAGAGAGAUGGAAGAGGAAAAAGAAGACAAAUUAAGAAAGACGGGAGAAGAAAAGGAGGUGGAGGAAGGAAGAGAAAUUGAGGAAGGAAGACAAGUGGAAGAGGGAAGAAAAGAAGACAAAUUGAGAAAGACAGGAGAAGAAAAGGAGGUGGAGGAAGGAAGACAAGUGGAAGAGGGAAGAAAAGAAGACAAAUUGAGAAAGACAGAAGAAGAAGAGGAGGUGGAGGAAGGAAGACAAGUGGAAGAGGGAAGAAAAGAAGACAAUUUGAGAAAGACAGAAGAAGAAAAGGAGGUGGAGGAAGGAAGACAAGUGGAAGAGGGAAGAAAAGAAGACAAUUUGAGAAAGACAGAAGAAGAAGAGGAGGUGGAGGAAGGAAGACAAGUGGAAGAGGGAAGAAAAGAAGACAAUUUAAGAAAGACAGAAGAAGAAAAGGACAUUGAUAAAGGAAGAAAAAUUGAGGAAGGAAGAAAAUUAGAAGGAAAACAGAUGAAAGAGGGAAGAAAAGAAGACAAUUUGAGAGAAACAGAAGAAGAAAAGGAGGUGGAGGAAGGAGGAGAAAUUGAGGAAGGAAGAAAAGAAGACAAAUUGAGAAAAACAGAAGAAGAAAAGGAGGUUGAUAAAGGAAGGGAAUUAGAGAAAGGAAGAAAAUUUGAAGGAAGACAAAUGGAAGAGGGAAGAAAAGAAGACAAUUUGAGAGAAACAGAAGAAGAAAAGGAGGUGGAGGAAGGAGGAGAAAUUGAGGAAGGAAGAAAAGAAGACAAAUUGAGAAAAACAGAAGAAGAAAAGGAGGUUGAUAAAGGAAGAGAAUUGCAGAAAGGAAGAAAAACUGAAAGAAGACAAAUGGGAGAAGAAAAAGAAGACAAUUUAAGAAAGACAGAAGAGGGAACGAAGGUUGAUAAAGGAAGAGAAUUGCAGAAAGGAAGAAAAACCGGAAGAAGACAAAUGGGAGAAGAAAAAGAAGAGGAAAAACUACGAAAGACAGAAGCAGAAACACCGAUGAAAGAAGAAAGAAAUAAAGAAGAAAGGAAAAUUGGAAUAGGAAGAAAGGAGGAAGAGGAGAGAGAUGAUGAAACAGAGACGGAAGAAGAAGAAGGAGCGGAAAUAGAUCGACCACAAGCGGAAGAAGUGGAGGAGGUACAACACGCAACACAGGUGGAAGACGCAAUACACGUGGAUCAAGGCAAACACUUCUUCCACAUCCCUGCCACACUCCACACCUGGGCGCUCUAUAGCUAUGCCGAGAACACCACCAACAACCAACUAGCUACCUUCCUGAUCCACCUCAAACAAGCCGGGCGGACCAGGGGCGUGGAGGUGGCCGGGCCUGUCCAGCUCCGAUUGCCCGCUGCCCGCUGUCAACCAGGUCACAACCCCCUGACGGACCUGCAGGACCUAACCACAACCUACCCUGGCCUGCAGAUGGUGAUGGUGGUGGUGCCGGACAGAUAUAUGUAUGGUCGGGUCAAGGUGGUGGGUGACCUGUGCCUGGGGGUGGCGACGCAGUGUGUGUACCCCAGGACAGUGCAACACCCCCGCCCGGCCGCCCUCGGAAGUCUGCUCGCCAAGAUCAACGCUAAAAUUGGAGGCUGCCAGAUGAGGGGUCCACGCGUUGCCGCACUGCCUCACCUAGCCCCGUCCCUUAUGGUGAUGGGGCUGCACCACCACAAGCUCCACCACACCAAUGCCGGGCCAGCGCAGGGAAGGGGGCUGAUGGUGGGGGCAGUGGUGGCGUCGGCAAACCUCAGCAGCGGGCAAUACUUGACAGAGGUUCAAACACAGCCAAGUGAGGACUCCGCCAUCGCUGACCUCACCAAUAUGACCCGUCGCCUGCUGGAGUGUCUGACGGGGCAGUACAGGCGACCAGUGCCGGAGCAGAUUGUAGUGUACAGUGACGGGGUACAGAAGAGCCAGGUUGAGGAGGAGAGGAGGGCCGUCACGAGGGGCUGCCACCUCUUCAUGGCCAGCUACUCCCCGCACAUCACCUGGGUGGAGGUCUACUAUAGAUCGCUGCGGAGCUGGCCAACCACCCCUGCCGAACCCCAAUCAAGGUCUGGGUUCCGUCUGAGAAGCCAGCAUUGCAGCGGAAGACCAUUCAACACCUUCAUCGGCAGUGACGGGAAAUCCUGGCUGCCGACCUACUAUGGGAUUACGCAUGGGCCCGGUGCCAUUCCUGUAGGGGCCGUUGAGCGCCUAUCCGCGGCCCUGUGCCACCUCCCCGCCACAGCCCUGCCCAAGCCGCUGCCCUGCCCUCUCAUCUAUGCCCAUCUAGCAGCAAGGAGGUGCCGGCUACACAUGAGGACCCUGGGGGAGAACUGGACACUGAGGGACUACAAGGAACUCCAGAGGGAUGUCAUGCGCCUGGUGGGAGUGGACGUGACCAACCCUGUGGCACACCAACCCUACUAUUUGUGAUCGCUUCUACUACUACUACUACUACUACUACUAUUGCUACUGCUGUUAUGAAGGCUAUUACUGUUCUUGUUAUUUGUUUUGUUGGUUGUUGUUUUUCUGUGACCGAUUAUGGCAGCCUUUUUUUUGUUCCUUUUCCUUCCUUUCUUUCUUUAUUGUUUUCCUGUUUUCCUUCCUUCAUUCUCCUUUCUUUCUUUCUUUUCUUCUUCUCUGCAAUACUUUUCUUCGUUUUUUCUCAGCAACACACACACACACACACACACACACACACACACACACAUCGGAAUUUUGCGUUGCUGUGUCCGAGGAUAUGUUGUGAUUUUCUUGUUUUGUUUUGAGUUGCAUGAUGGGAGAAGCUAUAUUUCUUCUUUAUUUCUUUGUUCCUUUCUUUCUUUUUUUCCUUCCUUUCUCCUUCUUUCUUUUCUUUCUUCUUCUCUUCAAUCCUUUCCUUCGCUUCUUCUUGGCAACACGGACACACAACACAUACUUCGGAAUUUUGAGUUGCUGUGUCCGAGGAUAUGUUGUGAUUUUCUUGUUUUGUUUUGAGUUGCAUAGUGGGAGAGAGUUGUCAGCUAUGUUUCUUUUUAUUUUAUUUAUUUAUUCAUUUAUUUUCAUGUCUAAGGAACGCUAUUUACAAGAUUCACAUGUAUAUUUUUUUACCUGUCAAAGAGAAGGAAAUUUUUGUA